GUUCAACGCACGAGAACAUGUGUGCUUAACAUGUGUUCUGAUGUUCGCGCUGCUGAAGAACCUUCACGGAAAAUCUGUUUGUCCAGAGGAAGUGAAGUCCUUGUUGCGGGCAGUGGACAAGAUGGCGCUGAAGCGACUCGACAAGAAGACGAAAUAACAGCCGAAGGAAGGGAGGCCGGAGACGUUGGUGGCCAUGCUGCAGGAGGUGAUGACGAGGACGAGCCAAUAGCUGAUGACGCCGAACCAGUCGAGAAUGAUGCACCAACUGAUGACUCUGCACCAGUUUACGAAUAUGAAGAAGAAGAGGAGGAGGAAGAAGAAGAGGAAGAGGAAGAUGGCGAUGAAGGCAGUUAUAUAAUCGAUCCAAUUACGACACACAGAAAGCUGACAAGACCAGAUGAUACUCUUCCCAAAGGUUCAUAAAAUUACUUGAAAAUGUAUGUUAUUUAAUAAUAAUUAACUAGCAAAUAAAUAGAUAAAUUAAU